AUGUCGGGUCAGCCGAGUUUCGUCAAUCCCUUCCACGGCAGGACGUCCAGCCUGGCUGCAGCCGCCCCUGCAGGCAAAGCCAAGCUGACGCACCCCGGCAAGGCCAUCCUGGCAGGCGGCAUCGCAGGCGGCAUCGAGAUCUGCAUCACCUUCCCCACAGAGUACGUGAAGACUCAACUGCAGCUGGACGAAAAGGCCAACCCCCCCAAGUACAAGGGCAUCGGCGACUGCGUCAAACAGACCGUCAGCAGUCAUGGCGUCCGGGGGCUUUAUCGGGGUCUCAGCUCGCUAGUCUACGGAUCGGUUCCCAAAGCCGCCGUCAGAUUUGGCACGUUUGAGUUCCUGAGCAACAAGAUGCGCGACCAAAACGGCAAGCUGGAUAGCAAGCGCGGGUUCCUGUGCGGCCUCGGCGCCGGCGUGGCUGAGGCCGUGGUGGUCGUGUGUCCCAUGGAGACGGUCAAGGUCAAAUUCAUCCACGAUCAGACGUCGGCCAACCCCAAGUACAAGGGAUUCUUUCACGGGGUGCGUGAGAUCAUUCGAACACAAGGCCUAAGGGGAACGUACCAAGGUUUGACGGCCACCGUGCUGAAACAAGGGUCCAACCAGGCCAUUCGCUUCUACGUCAUGACUUCUCUCAGGAACUGGUACAAAGGUGACAAUCCGAACAAAUCCAUUAACCCGGUGGUAACGGGGCUCUUUGGAGCCGUAGCCGGAGCAGUCAGCGUGUUCGGAAAUACGCCACUGGAUGUCAUCAAAACCCGCAUGCAGGGUCUGGAAGCGCACAAGUACAAAGGCACUGUGGACUGCGCAAUAAAGAUCAUGAAGCACGAGGGGCCUAAAGCAUUCUACAAAGGGACCGUGCCUCGUCUGGGUCGGGUGUGUUUGGACGUAGCCAUCGUCUUCAUCAUCUACGAGGAAGUGGUGAAGGUCCUCAACAUGGUUUGGAAAACGGACUAA